AUGGAUGUUAACAACGCCUUCUUGCAAGGAGAGCUUGAAGACGAAGUAUAUAUGCGGCCACCACUGGGCUUAGAAGACACCAUUGGUCUGGGAAAGGUCUUAAAACUCAACAAAGCGAUCUAUGUCUUUGACAUAAAAGAUCUUGGAGAAUUGAAAUAUUUCCUUGGGAUAGAAGUAUAUAGAUCGGAUGAAGGAUUAUUCUUGUCACAAAGGAAAUAUGCGCUUGACUUGUUGAGUGAGACAAGUAAAUUAGGAUCAAAGGCAGUGACAACACCUCUUGAAGAAAACUACAAGGCUGGAGGACAGGGGGAGCUCAAUACAGCUCCAUUCAAGGAUGUUAGCCUCUACCGACGCCUAGUAGGUAAGCUUAUCUACUUAACCAUCACACGGCCUGACAUUUUCUUUGCUAUGAACCAGGCGAGCCAGCAAAUGAAGAAUCCGACGGUCCAUCACUGGAACAUGGUGACCCGAAUCCUUAAAUACAUCAAAGGCUCGCCGGGACAAGGCAUUUGGAUGGGGCGCAACAAGAACACCGAACUAGUAGCCUAUUGCGAUGAUAACUAUGCCGGAGAUCGUGGAGACCGCCGCUCUACCACUGGCUACUGCACGUUUCUUGGAGGGAACUUGGUCACUUGGAAGAGCAAGAAGCAAAAUGUCGUAUUGCUUUCAAGUGCCAAAUCCGAAUAUAGAGCUAUGAGGAAACUUACAACGGAACUGAUGUGGCUCAAGGCUCUUCUCAAGGAUCUUGGAAUUGAGUCAACAAAGCCAAUCACAAUGCAUUGUGAUAAUGAAGCUGCCAUUCAUAUUGCAACCAAUUCGGUGUUUCAUGAGAGAACCAAGCAUAUUGAAGUGGAUUGUCAUAAAGUUCGAGAGCAAAUCAAGCUUGGAGUUGUCCUACCGUGUCAUACUGAAAGCAAGGAAGAGCUUGCUGACAUUCUCACCAAAGAAGGAAGUUCACAAGUGUGUGAAUACAUUCACUCGAAACUUGGUCCCAUGGACCUCACUCGUCCAUGA